AAUUUCAGGAACGCUUUAUGGCUGUGGUGUAUUGUCAGCUUGAAGUAUUUUCUGUACUUCGCUCUUCAACAUUUCCGCUAUUUUUCUCAAGUACUACAAGGACUAUUACAAGUACUUCGAAUACCACCAAAAUUGUGAAGGAGAAUUUAAAUGUUGGUACAAUAGGUCACGUGGAUCAUGGAAAAACCACCUUAACUGCCGCUAUCACCAAAAUUCUAUCUAGUAGAGGGAAAACAAAGUUUGUCAAAUUCGAGGAAAUUGACAAAGCAAAAGAGGAGCAAAGACGGGGCAUAACCAUAAAUAUUGCACAUAUUGGUUAUGAAAGUGAUAUACGACGGUAUGCUCACACCGAUUGUCCCGGACAUAGCGAUUUCAUAAAAAAUAUGAUUUGUGGUGCAACACAGAUGGAUGUAGCCAUUUUAGUGAUUGCUGCAACCGAUGGAGUUAUGACACAAACAAAGGAGCAUCUUUUACUGGCUAAACAAGUUGGAGUUUCUAGCAUAAUUGUAUUUAUAAAUAAGGUGGAUUUGGUCGAUAAUGACGUCGUUACACUAGUGGAGAUUGAGGCACGAGAAUUGUUAGAGCACCAUGGUUACAAAGAUGAAUCAGUUAUUGUGGUGAAAGGGUCGGCACUGCAAGCUUUGCAAAAAAAUGAUGGAAAAUGCGUUGAAGAGUUAAUUUCGGCUUUGGAUAAGGCUCCUCUUCCGAAGAGGCUGCAAAAUGCACCGUUUCUGAUGCCUAUUGCUUCGCGAGUAUCAAUUACUGGGAGGGGAACUGUUGUCGUUGGAACGAUUGAACAAGGAAAAGUGAGGAAAGGUGAUAAAGUGGAAAUCAAAGGAGAAGGUCAAUGCAUUCAUUCCGUUGUUUCGGAUAUACAAAUUUUUAAAAAAAAUGUUCUUGAAGUUUGUGCUGGAGAUCACUGUGGCAUUUUGUGUCGUGGUGUUAAAGCGAAUGUAGUGAAAAGAGGUAUGUGGCUCGGAGCCGUAGAUGCAAUCACUACAUCAAACUUCUUCAAGGUUGAGUUGUAUUUAUUAUCUGAAAAGGAAGGUGGAAGGUGUUUGGCAGUACAUUCUGGUUUUACUGAAAAGGUAUUCUGUAGUACAUGGGAUCAGGCUGGCCGCAUACAUCUGGAAUCUGAUAUGCUAAUGCCUGGCGAACAUUGCCCAGCUUACCUUGUUCUGGUUAAAAAAAUGCCUGCGAUACAAUCAUUGCCUUUUACAAUACGAGAAGGCAGCAGAAAGACGAUUGCUCGUGGCAUAAUUCGAGAAGUUUUUCCUCCAAUUAAUUUAGAUUCCUUCAAGGAUAUCAAAGAUAAUGGACUUGAAAAAUUUGUCCCACAACAAUAAUGAUACUCCUUGUGGUAUUAUCACUAAAAGUAUCCACAGUUGAGAAAAGUAAAUGUGGAAUUUGUAUGAAAUUUGCGUGGUCUUUGAGGAUUCGAAAAUUUUAUCAUGUCAUGCCAAUGUUCCUUGAAUUCAUGCUAUCGAAAUGUCAAACAACUCAUUUUCGUUCCGAUAAUCUUUGAUAACCAUUAGCUCAUUUGAUGUCAUCAAUUAUCACUUCAAUAGUGGUUCAGUAUAUCUAAGCAUCAAUAACUUUUCAAGAAGAGGAUAUGGG